AUGAUCGAGCAGAUUAAGGAGAUCCGGACUGGCAAGAACUGUGAGAGCCUGCGACACAAGGACUUCCCGACCUCUUACAACGAGGAGCGUAUCUUCAGCAUCCUCUACGGCGACUCCUACGAUAGCCUCGACCUCAUCGCCAACUCCCCCGAGGAGGCUAACAUCUGGGUCACCGGCCUCAAUGCUCUCAUAGGUGCCUCCAAAGAUGCUCCGGACGCUGUAGAAGACAGGCAGACGAUGCGGGAAACCUGGCUCAAGGAGAUGUUUGAGAAGGCUUCCAAGGACUCCAGUGGAGGCUUCAUAGACCAGAGUACCUGUAUUAAACUUAUCAAGAGGCUCGACUCUCAGGUCGCUAUGGACAGAGUCAAGCAGAAGCUACAGGUGAGACGGGUAUUCAUUGACUCAGUUACUAAGGAAUACGCAAAUAAGGAUUACUUAACGCUAGAAGACUUCCAUUUAUUCUUGGAAGGAGAGCAAGGCUUGGCAGGUUUGACGUCUGAUAAAGUGAUGGAACUGAUAGAAAAAUAUGAGCCCGCUCCCGAGGCCAGAAAAAACCGGCAAAUGCUAAUAGAUGGUUUCACGCGGUAUUUAAUGAGUGAUGAAUGUGACCUGUUUGACCCAAGUCAGCGGCAAGUGUGUCAAGACAUGACCCAGCCUCUAGGUCACUACUUCAUCUCAACCAGCCACAACACCUACCUUCUUGAAGACCAGCUCAAGGGGCCCUCCAGCAUCGAUGGUUACAUCAGGGUCCUCACGUGUGGCUGUCGCUGUGUCAAAGUGGACGUGUGGGACGGCCCUGAGGCUCCCGUGGUGUAUCAUGGUAACACCCUCACCACCAAGGUUCCCUUCAGAGACGUCGUCGAAGCCAUCGCUACCUACGCUUUCGAUUUCUCAGUGUAUCCCGUAAUCAUCCACCUGGAGAACCACUGCAGUGUGAAGCAACAGCAGGUAAUGGCUAGUAUCCUGAAGGAAGUGCUGGGAAACCACCUCUAUGUUCACCCUCUUCACACCAACACUCCACUCACUGACCUCUCUCCUGAUCACCUCAAGUAUAAGUUUAUACUAAAGGGCAAGAAGCUGCCUCGUGAAGACCUGGAGGAGGGGGAGGUGUCUGACGAGGACGAGGGAGGGGAGACCAAGAGAAACAACAACCCCAGGAAGGUGCGACUGUGUCGAGAACUCUCCUCCCUCAUCUCUCUCCACCGCGCCCGCUUCUCUGACCUCAACACAGCUAAGACAAGACAGAACGUCAGCGAAAUGUGUAGCCUGAGUGAGUCUUCAGCAGCCAAGCUGGCUCAUGCUUGUCCUGAGGACCUGGUGAACCACAACAAGCGCUUCCUCACGAGGGUCUUCCCCAACUCCUCAAGAGUUGAUUCUUCCAACUACAACCCACAGGACUUCUGGAACGCUGGCUGCCAGAUGGUGGCCCUCAACUUCCAGACACCAGGUCAGAUGAUGGACGUGUACGAGGGGAGGUUCCGUGCCAAUGGUGGUUGUGGGUACCUGCUGAAGCCAGCCGUCAUGCGAGAGCACAUCUCCGUGUUCUCGGCUCACUCUAGGGACACCAUCCCUGGCGUCGCACCCCAGCUACUCAAGAUCAAGGUAAUCAGUGGACAGUGCCUUCCUAAGCCCCGAGGCUCGACGGCCACGAAAGCCACGAUCAUCGAUCCUUAUGUUGUCAUCCAGAUCUUCGGCAUCCCCGCUGACUGCAUAGAGGCCAAGACUCGCACUGUCAGCAACGACAGCAGCUUCCCCAUAUUCGACGAGAGCUUCGAGUUCCACAUCAACCUGCCAGAGCUCGCCCUUGUAAGGUUCGUCGUCCUUGAUGAUGAGUUCAUCGGUGAUGACUUCGUCGGCCAGUGCACCAUCCCCUUCGACUGUAUCCAAACAGGUUACCGGCACGUGCGUCUACUCUCCAGUAUGGGGGAGCCCAUGGACAUGGCCACGCUCUUUGUCCACGUGUCUAUCUCUAACAGGAAGGGAGGCGGGAAACCGCAGUGGGUGAAGGGCAAGAGGACUGACAAGAUCCAGGCAGACAUCAAACCAGUGGGGCUGAGGGCUGCUGACGACUUGUUCAAGGAGGCGUCGACGGUGCUGGUGGAGGCUGAGUGUGAGCAAAGUAAGGUGGAGAGUGCCUGGUCAGACCUGCAGGACGAGUGUGGCCUCGAGCACACGGCCAACAUGAAGCAGUGCCUCAGAGUGGCCAUCUCUCGCUACAUGGCCACACCUGACACUAGCCGUCUCACUAUCCAGGAGGAGAACGGGGUGCCAUUCCUGCGAAGCUCCCGACCUGGGCCUCUCCCUUCACACCUUCACAGACUGCAAACUGCGAUGGAGAAGGUUCUGCUGGAGAUCCAUCAUUUUUUGGCUCACGUUGAGAACCUACGGGUGUCCCUGGAGUCCCGCCUCAAGCCUGCCCUGGCCAUGUACGACACCCUGGAGAACCUCCUCUCCUACAACGGUAUCAAGGGCAAGAAGGCCAACAGAGCCAUGGAGAACUUCGCCUGGAACGUGAGGAUCAUCAGAGGCCAACUGGACAGAAUCGUCGCCCUCAAGAAGAAGUGUAGGAUGGCCAUGGAACAGGUGGAGUCAACGAAGGUGACCUUGGACAGUCUUAACACCCGGGACAGGUCACCUUCAGUGAGAGAAAGGCCACGGCUGACACUGGCUAACCGCCACAACACUACUGACAACCUCACCACGUAUGGCAGCUUGGGCCGCUCUCCCACCACCCCUAGCAGUGAAUGUAAACCCAAGAGUAUCCUGAAGAAAAGCAACUCGAACCUGGAGUCCAGCAGUGCUGGGUAUGUGAACGAAGAGUAUCGCGUCUCGCCCAGCACCUCUUCUACUCUCAUAGCCGACGAAGACGACGCUAAUGAACUGCUUAAACCCCAGAUCUUGCACUCCUUCAGUUACACCCCUGGCUUCAGUUAUGAGCAGAACACCGCCCUGUAGUUUGUCUGGUCUCUGAGUACUGUUGGUCUGUGUAAUGAGCUGCAGAGUAUACAGUAAUGUAGGAUGUAAGGACAUUGAGUAAUGUUGACCUGCGUAAUGAGUUGUAGAAGAUACACGACACUAGUGUAAAGCCUAAGGACAUUAAAUACGAUUGGCCUGUGUAAUGAGCUUCACAGUACAUAGCUGUGUUGAGUGUAAGGACAAUGAACAAUUCUGACCUGUGUAGUGAGUUGCAGAGUACACAACAGUGAUGUUGAGUGUAAAGAGACUGCAGUGACCUCAAGCACUUUGGAGCUAGUGAGAAUUGUGUUGCAUCACCCUGAGCACGUAGUCUUGUCUAUAUUACACACAAAUCAUCAUGAGAUGACUGUAUUAUGUGCACAUGACUGUAGUAGGCACACAUAAUACAGCCAUCAUAAGAUGAAUGUAUUAUGUGCGAAGAAAUAAAUGAUGCAGUGAUACUAACAAUAAUACGAAUCAUUUACAGAAAGAAAAGGAUCUUCUCAUCACUUCAUAAGAAACACUUAAAUAGUUUAAGAAGUAAUAUCAUGUAAACAAUACUUGCAACACGUCCAUAUGUGGCACCUUCAACAAUUUCAAGCUUUGGAUGGCACUUCAGUAGCAAAUAUUUUCCAAAUGCAGCAUAAAAGAAUAAAUAAGCCUUAUUGAUAUGGCUUCCAGGGUAUGGAAUUGGUGACAGUGCCAUGAGAGUUAAAUCCCUUUGUCAUUUUUAUAUAUACCUCAGAAUGCUAAGCAGUAGCAUUUUUAGAGACAUGUUCUAUUGUAAUGGUGCACAUGUUAGUGAAGAACAUGAAGAACAUAUUUAAUGAAGUGCGACACAAUAUUUUAAAAAUAACAAUGUUUUUGUAUAGGCUAAUUUUCCUAAUGGGUGCUGCUACUGUAUAUAUUGUGGUAAAUAAGCGUAGUAGUUAUGAUAAUAUACCUUUGUAAGAUAUAUGUAGUGUCUCGUGUAUUAUUUAUUUGGUAUAUACGGUGUUCGAUGUACUGUAACUUCAAGUGGUUAGCAGGUACGAGACAAGACACUUGUAGAAUCAAACAUGGACGAAUCACUUACACUAAGCAUCGAGGAUGAAUGGUAAAUGCUAAACCUGUAGGGGUUAUACAGCUCCUGGGAAAGAGGAGGUAACUGGGUUUGAUCCAAGAGAUGGGAGAGUCCCUCCAGUUCCUUGGAUUUAGGAGCCCCGUCACCAUCAUCAAGGCUCCACCCUUGAAGGGAUAGAUGGAUGAAAGCCACUUGAUAAUGGUCCAGGGCUGAUCGAGGCAUCUUCUACUCUCGGCUACAGAAAAAGUCAACAGGGUUUCAGACCUAUCGACUACACGACUGUCGUUAAGGCAGGAUAUAACCUUUCCACCACGAGACAAGAGUACUGUAAACACUAUGAUUUGGAUUAAUGAAAACUUUCAGCAUAAAUACGCUGAGACACAUACACCUCUCGGUGUAUAUAUCCUGUGUCUCCUUUUAACUACACUUUGUAACUUGUGACUACACUCUCCUACAUAAGAUACUUUAUUGAAGUAAUUAAUAAGUUACAGGAAGUAUUCAGAUUAAAGGUAGCGAUAUAGAGGAGAAUUUGUACAAAAAGCGCAAGUAUGUUGAACAGAUAUUUUAAUGCAGCAUGUUUCAUUCUAUGCUGGACUCUGCUAUGGGAGAAACGUCCGCGUAAAACAAUGUUCUGCUUGUGUCUGCCCACGCAAAGUACUUCAGAGACAUCACUGAAAGAUUGAUAAACCAGCAUGGUGUUGCUGCAAACUGUGCUGCUGUACACUGUAGCACCACACAGUGUGUUGGUAUACUCUGUAACACCACAAACUGUGCUGCUGUACACUGUAACAGUGUACAGUGUGAUAGUGUUAACUGUAGCACCAUAGAUUGUGCUGGUGUACACUGUAACACCACAGACUGUGCUAGUGUGCACAGUAGCACCUCAAGUCUCCAACAAACACAACACUCAACUAUUUACAUACAGUUUUUUAACAUUCCAAACUUAAAUUUAUGAGAAGUGUAAAUGAUAAUCACAAUAAAUGCAUAUUCUAUUUUAAAUACAUAAUCACGUAAUUUUGGAUAUAUUACACUUAGAUUAUAAAGGCAAUUUUAUAUAAGAUGACAUGAA